AUGAUCGAAAACCCUGAACAUAAAAUGGUUCACUUGAAAAAAACUUUAUCUUACGAACUUGGAAUUGGUMAAUSAACAAUUUAUAACACCAUAUUGGACUAUCAACGGACAAAAACUGUUUCUUCGCCAAACAAAACGAAAGUCCGAAAACAACUGACYGAAAAAGUAGAUGAUUUUGACAAGUAUGGUAUCAGAAGAAAAGUGCAUCAAUUUUGGCACGAUCGUGAUACGCCUACGUUAGACAAGAUUCUUGUGUCCGUAAAUGAAGAUAAUGGUCUACCAAAUUUUUCUCRAACAUCAUUAUUCAGAUUGUUGAAAUCUAUGGAUUUCGUAUAUAUGAAGCGAGRUCGUAAUAGUGGUUUGAUUGAAAAAUCUGAAAUCAUAAUUUGGCGGAGAAGAUAUUUAAAAGAUAUUAAAAGAUACAGAGAAGAAGGAAGGCCAAUUUACUAUCUAGAUGAAACGUGGGUAAACGCYGGAGAUGUUAAUAGUAAAGUAUGGGUCGACAAAACUGUAACGUCAGCUCGAGUGGCAUCUUCCGAGGGACUUUCGACUGGAGCAAUAAACCCUACUGGCAAGGGGAAACGUUUAAUUGUUAGCCACAUCGGUUCCGAAGAUGGAUUUGUUCCCGGAGGUCUUUUGUGCUUUGWGUCAAAGAAAAACACCCAAGACUAUCACGAUGAGAUGAACGGGGACUCUUUUCGUGAUUGGUUGGAAGGUGUUUUGCCGAAACUCAAAGACAACGCUGUCAUCGUAAUGGACAACGCUCCUUAUCAUUCGGUGAAAAUUGAAAAAUGCCCAACUACGAAUUGGAGAAAAGCUGUCAUAAUUGCAUGGCUCCAGAGCAAAGGAGAGCAAGUCAACAACACAAUGCUUGUCGUAGAAUUGUUGGACCAAGUUAAAAAAUUGAAACCAUUAUAUAACAAUUAUGUCAUCGAUGAAAUG